AUGAUCUUCGCAACCCCAAGCUAUUCCCGCACAUUGGCAUCCCGAGUGCUAAUACAACGCACCGUUGGACUCCGAAUGUUUUCGGGUGUCGAUUGUGAGCCAGCGGAAAGAUUCCGAAUGGCUCUCAUGUCCUAUCGCCACGCCAACUAUUCCAGGGAGACCCCCGCCCGAUUCAAGAAGGAAAUCCUCCGACCCUAUGUUGGAGAGAAUGGCGCUCUGCAGAUUGAAGACAUCAAUUUGCUGUUGAAAAACAUCGGGCAUGAACAAGACUGCCUAUCAGAAAAGGAGCAAAUCGAAUUCUUGGCAGCCGCCGGAUCGACGAAUGGUUCCAUCCAAGUUUCCAAAAUGAUGGAACUCGUCGAAUAG